CCCCGCUCGCCGGCGUCUGGCUCUCGUGAUGAUGAAGAAGAAGAAGUUUAAGUUUAAGGUGGACUUCGAGCUGGAGGAGCUCUCCUCGGUGCCCUUCGUCAAUGGGGUCCUCUUCUGCAAGAUGCGGCUGCUGGACGGCGGCAGCUUUACCGCAGAGUCCCCCAGGGAAGUGGUGCAAGCAAACUGUGUUCACUGGAGGAAGAAGUUCUCAUUUAUGUGCAAAAUGAGUGCAAGUGCCACCACAGGCAUCCUGGAUCCUUGUAUCUACAGAGUAUCUGUGAGGAAGGAAUUGAAAGGUGGAAAAGCUUAUGCAAAGCUGGGCUUUGCAGAUCUAAACCUGGCAGAGUUUGCUGGAUCAGGAAAUACCACUCGUCGCUGUUUACUGGAAGGCUAUGAUACCAAAAAUACAAGACAGGAUAAUUCCAUUCUUAAAAAUGAGUCUGUAAGAACAGGAGCCUCUGAGCAGUCAACUGAAAGGUCCAAUUCAGUCCGCAGUAGGCUGAGGAAAGCCAACACCGAUUUCUUCUCGGAAAGUACCCACCACCAUCCUGUCCCACCCCCCGAAAGGGAACAUCAGAACUGUAGCAUCCAGGUGCUGGGCCACGUGUUGCUAGCAGCAGACGGCUUCCGCGGUCACUGCAUAGGAUAA